UGGAGCUGUAGCUGCCUGGCAGAAGGGAAACUGAGGUGGGGGUGUGGCUCUGGGACAGACAUCAGGGCAGGACAUCCCUAGCAAGGGUCCACGGUCUGGCUGGGAGAUGUGGACUAGCUGCAACGUGGGGCGGGGUUAAAGGUCUUCUAGGGUGGCCCUGGGGAGCAUCGCUCUGCACCUGAACACCACCCGGCCGCAGGCCUGCAGCGUCAGAAGCAUGAGUGAGCAGGGAAGGGAGACGGAGGAGGAGGAGGAGGGAGGCGGUGAUUUGGACACAGCGCCUAUGCUGCCCCGAAGACCUCCCGACCACCAGGCCUCAGCCCUGCCGUGCCCAGGGUGGCCGGGGCCCCUGCUGCUGCCCGGCCGGCUGGUGGCCGGGCUCCUGCUGCACCUCCUGCUGCCCACCACAGCCUUCCUGCUGGUGCUCCUGCCCGCAGCGGCCGUCGUCUACCUGGGAUUCCUGUGCCACUCGAGGGUCCACCCCGCUCCCGGUCCCCGGUGCCGCGCGCUGUUCUCGGACCGCGGCUCCGCGGCGCUCAUCGUGUUCGGGCUUCUUUCGCUGCCGCCACUGCUGGUGCUCGCCUCGGCCGUCCGCGCCCGCCUGGCCCGGCGCCUCCGCCCGCUGCUGCCUCCGCCCGCUGGGACCCCCGGACCCCGCCGCCGCCCCCCGGGGCGCCCCGACGGGGACGAGCAACUCUGCGCCUGGGUGUGACCCG